AUGUUUUUACUUCCUGUAUCCCGAUCCCUGUUAAGAUCUUCUAAUCUUCUUUUCUCUGUAUCCAAUAAUUUUCGUUCUCGAUUUCUUUCUAAAGAUGUGGAUGGUUCCCUUCUUUCACGUUUAAAAAAUGAUGUAAAGAAUGCGAUGAAAAAUAAAGAUCAAUUAAAAUUGAAUGUCAUUCGAGGUCUUCUUUCGGAUAUUACUUAUGCAAGUAAAUCGCCAACCUCUAAAUCUUUUUCUGCUUCUGAUAAUGAAAUUUAUAAUAUAAUCAAUCGUGCAAUUAAACGUCGUCAAGAAUCUAUUACUCAAUUUACUCAGGCUAAUCGUUUAGAUCUCGUAGAGAGUGAAUCUUCUGAGUUACUUAUUUUGAAUUCUUAUUUACCUGAACAAAUGUCUGUUCAAGAAAUUGAACUUGAAGUUAUAAAAGUUAUUGAUCGAUUGGAUAUAAGUGAUGUUGGAAUUAAGAAUUUGGGAAAAAUCAUGAAAGAAUUGAACCUUGAUAAUGCUAGAGCUCCAAAAAAAGUCGUCGUUGAAGUUGUGAAAAAAAGUAAUAGUAUUGGAAGUAAUCCUAGUACUGGAAAUAAUGAAGAUAAGUGUGUAAAAGGUAAUGAAGAUAGUGGGAGUAAUGGAGUUGAUAAAAU